AGUAGAAGUGGUUCGCGGCGGCGCGGAGAGCAGCGUGGUCCAUCCUGUGACUGACUGACACCCGCCGGGGAGCGAAGAAAAAAAAGUUACUCUGAGCUCUCGCACUCACUGCCAACAUGUCUGGAGACGACGACACGCAGGAGCAGACCAUCGCUGAUGACCUGGUGGUCACCAAGUACAAGAUGGGCGCGGAGAUCGCGAACCAGGCUCUUAAGACGGUAGUUACGGCAGCUACGGCUGGAGUCUCCAUACUCAGCUUGUGUGAAAAGGGCGACGCCUUCAUCAUGACAGAGACUGGAAAAAUCUUCAAGAAGGAGAAGGACAUGAAGAAAGGUAUCGCUUUUCCUACUUGUGUGUCGGUGAACAACUGUGUUUGCCAUUGCUCCCCUCUGAAGAGCGACGCUGACGUCAUACUGAAGGACGGGGACCUUGUCAAGAUUGAUCUGGGUGUGCAUGUCGAUGGCUUCAUCUCAAAUGUGGCGCACAGCUUUGUUGUGGGAGUGACCAAGGACAACCCACUCACAGGAAAGAAGGCUGAUGUCCUCAAAGCAGCUCACCUCUGUGCUGAGGCUGCCCUGCGUCUUGUCAAGCCAGGAAACCAGAACUCACAGGUCACAGACGCCUGGAACAAGAUUGCAAAGUCUUUCAAGUGCUCUCCUAUUGAAGGCAUGCUGUCCCAUCAGCUCAAACAACACGUGAUCGAUGGGGAGAAAACUAUCAUCCAAAACCCAACGGACCAGCAAAGGAAGGACCAUGAGAAGGCCGAGUUUGAGGUGCAUGAGGUUUAUGCAGUGGAUGUGCUCAUCAGCACAGGAGAGGGGAAGGCCAAGGAUGGAGGCCAGAGGACUACCGUGUACAAACGAGACCCCAACAAGGUGUACGGCUUGAAGAUGAAGACAUCUAGGACGUUCUUCAGUGAGAUGGAGAGACGCUUCGAUACGAUGCCUUUCACUCUGAGAGCAUUUGAGGAUGAGGGCAAGGCCAGGCUGGGCGUGGUGGAGUGUGCCAAACAUGAGCUGAUGCAGCCAUUCAAUGUGCUGCAUGAGAAAGAGGGUGAAGUUGUCGCCCAGUUCAAGUUCACCGUGCUGCUCAUGGCGAAUGGACCUCUGCGAAUCACCAACAGUCUCUUUGACCCAGACCUUUACAAGUCUGACCUCGAGGUGGAGGACCCGGAGCUGAAGGCUUUGCUUCAAAGUUCGGCCAGCCGCAAGACCCAGAAGAAGAAGAAGAAGAAGGCAUCAAAGACCGUUGAGAGUGCGACAGGACAGGCGAUGGAGACCGAAGCUGCAGAAUAGAUUCUCUCUCCAAGAAAUUCUGACAGACCUCUGAUGACCCAAAGAACAGACGUCACAAAUCCUUCUGUCCCAGCUGUCCGAGGCACUUGCUGGUGUAGCCGCUGUGAAUACCUCUGAAUCUAACUGAUGUCAGACUGGGAUGAUGCUGCUCCUAAAUUGUCACUCCACCUAAAACACACACACACACACACGUCCCUAGUAAAUCUCACUGUCCUUGAGACAGCCUUUUGUCUUGAUAGUGAACACAGCUCUGCUGCAAGGGCAUUUACUCACUGGAACAUUCACCCAUUCGACUGAUCUUGAGCCGUUUUUCCACAUUAACUGUAGUUUAAGAUAUGGAGAAUAAAAUGAGUUUGACAGAGCGGCCAAGGAUGAUGAAUGCACAACAUCGUGUCGGCGUCUUUGUGUGGCAUUUGGAUAUCUUCCUUGAGGUCAUAAACCUGAAGUUAUUAGUGAUAACUUGUCACAGAAAGAAAUUUAACACCAGACUUAAACCCUGAUUUUCUGACACACAAUUUAUCAUUAAUUCAACAUUAUUGUUCAGUGCAGCCGAAUUACCCCAUUUGUACUGCUCCAGCUUAAGCCUAGUCACUGUGUAUACUUCUAGGCAUCUGCUGUAGUUUACUAAUAAUAAUUUCUUAAACUUAUUUUACAUUCUACCGGUUAGUAAAAUAAGAGUGAUCCUUUCUCACUUGUGGAUGGUCUAACUUCUGCCAAGGGUUCAGCAUUCAGUCUUCUGGUGCCACCAUUGAGUCUGACAGUCUGUGUUUACAUAAGAAUUCCAUACCUGUUAAAUAUAUGGAUACUUUUGUAAAACAAAUCCCACUUUCAGAGACUAUUUUUGGAAACAUUAAAAAGCCACCUGACAUCA